AUGUGGACCUGGCGGUCACCAGAUGGGAGAGCAAAAAACGAAAUUGAUUUCAUUCUGACUAACAAAGCCAGUUUCUUCUCAAACUUCGACGUAAUCAGCAGGCUAAAUUUCAACACCAAUCACCGACUUAUAAGAGCUAAACUCAAAACACUAGAACCUAGAAAACACAGACCGGAAAUCAAACCAGGAAAAAUAAAACUUGGAAAACAUCAAGUAGAAGAGCUACAGAGAACUUUAAAGGAGAAAUUUAAUAAUUUCAAGUCAGAAACCAUAGACCUAAAUAUUCAGGGAAAAUACAACUAUUAUGAGCGCACAAUAACAGAGCAGCUCCAACUCACUGCGAACAAUAGAAUUACACAAAAAAAAUGGGUAUCAACUGACACUAUUAAACUAUUGGAGCAAAGGAACAAUCUAAUCUGUUCAAGAAAUAUUUCAGACAGGAGAAAACUCAUAACAAAAAUAAGCAAAGAAAUCAAGGAGAGUAUGCGCAAGGAUAGGAAAAGGAACAGACUGGAAAUAAUCGAAAAAUAUAUACUGAAAACCGGUGGCAUCAAAAAAGCUUACAAAGAAUUAGAGAAUUCUAAAGAUUGGAUCGUAAAAAUGAAAAACAACUCAAGAAAGCAAUGUCACGACAGGUCUGAAAUACUGUCAAUUGCAACAGAUUACUACAAAAUGUUAUAUGGAUGUGAAAACAGUACACUGGAAGACAGCAAUAUAAUGACCACCGACAAUUGCAACAACCUCUCAGGCCCCAGCCCACCGGCCCUAAACGUUCCCAACAUAUUGCAAGUAGAAGUAGAGAAUGCUAUAGAUAGCUUAAAAAAAGACAAAGCACCAGGCCCUGAUGGCAUAGAUAAUGAUAUCCUCAAACACAACAAGGAAACAAUUAUACCUAUAUUGACAGAGCUUUUUAACGACAUACUGGUCACCGAAAUUAUACCUCAACAAUGGACCGAAUCUAACAUUAUUUUACUACACAAGAAAGGAGACAAACAUGACAUAGGAAAUUAUAGGCCAAUCAGCCUCAUGUCGAAUACCUACAAAAUCUUUGCUAAGAUCCUACUAAACAGAAUGGAAAGGACAUUAGACGAGCAGCAAACAAUCGAACAAGCUGGGUUUCGUAAGGGCUACUCAGUCCUCGAUCACAUCCACGUGGUCCGCCAAAUUCUAGAAAAGUUCACACAACUAGUUGACACAGUAACAAUGGCGUGUAUCGGGAGCACCCUGUACAGCCGUAAGGCGCUGGGGGCGGGCGGCGCCUGCACGCGCCCCGCAGUAUAA